AUGCCUACUAUUUCCGUCGACAAGUACAAGCUUUACGAAGCCCUCGGUCAAAAAUUCACGACCGAGGAGUUUGAGGACCUUUGCUUCGAGUUCGGUAUCGAGCUUGACGAGGAUACUGAGAAUGAUGAGCGUCCAAUUGUAAACGGCGAGCAGGAGCCUCCUCAGCUCAAGAUUGAGAUUCCCGCCAACCGAUAUGACAUGCUCUGUUUUGAGGGUAUUGUCACUAAUCUCAACAUCUUCCGCGGACGAAUUGAGCCUCCCAAGUACCGUUUAGUCGAGCCCGCAAGCGGCAAGCUUGAGUCAAUCACCGUCAAGCCCGAAGCCGAGCAGGUCCGGCCAUAUGUCUCUGGCGCUAUCCUCCGCAACAUCAAGUUCGACAAGAGCCGAUACGAGUCCUUCAUCUCUCUACAAGACAAGCUUCACCAGAAUCUUGCUCGAAACCGAACACUAGUCUCCAUUGGUACCCACGACUAUGAUACUAUCAAAGGUCCCUUCACCUAUGAGGCUCUCCCCCCCAAGGAUAUUAAGUUCAUCCCCCUGAACCAGACCAAGGAGAUGGACUCUGCUGAGUUGAUGAACUUCUAUGAGACUGAUAAGCACCUGGGCCGCUUCCUCCACAUCAUUCGCGACUCACCAGUCUACCCUGCGAUCUACGACUCCAACCGUGUUGUCUGUUCCCUUCCUCCAAUUAUCAACGGUGAUCACUCCAAGAUUACACUUGACACCACCAACGUUUUUAUUGAAAUCACCGCCACCGACCUCACCAAACUCGACAUCGUCACCGACAUCAUGGUCACCAUGUUCUCCAUGUACUGCUCUGAGCCUUUCACUGUCGAGCCCGUCCAGAUCAACUCCGACCAUAACAACCAAACCCGAGUCACUCCUAACCUGAAGCCCAGAGUUGCUGAGGUUGAAAUCGACUACCUCAACAGCUGCACCGGGCUCACCGAGUCUCCCGAGAGCCUGUGCAAGCUUCUCUCCAAGAUGUCCUACACCUCUACACCCUCAACAAAAGAUUCCAACAUCCUCGAGGUUGCUAUCCCCCCAACCCGAGCGGAUGUCCUUCAUCAAUGCGACGUGAUGGAAGAUCUUGCUGUGUGCUACGGAUACAACAACCUUCCUCGUACUGCUCCUUCACGAAGUGCUACCGUUGGUGCCCCCCUGCUGGUCAACAAGCUCAGUGAUAUUAUCCGAAUCGAGGCCGCCGUUGCUGGCUGGAGUGAGGUUAUGCCCCUGAUCUUGUGCAGUCAUGACGAGAACUUUGCUUGGCUAAACCGUAAGGAUGACGGAAACACCGUCGUACGUCUGGCCAACCCCAAGACCGCUGAGUAUCAGGUCGUGCGAUCAACUCUUCUACCUGGUCUUCUCAAGACUAUUCGUGAGAACAAGGGCCAUAGUGUGCCAAUGAAGAUCUUUGAGGUCUCUGACGUUGUCUUCAAGGAUGAGUCUCAAGAACGCAAGGCUCGCAACGAGCGACAUUUCGCCGCCGCCUGGUACGGUCGAACAAGUGGUUUCGAGGUCGUCCAUGGCCUGCUUGAUCGUGUUCUUCUCAUGCUUCGAACUGCAUUCCUCACCCACGAGGAGGGUCUUUCUGGCAAGAGUGUCGAUUAUGAGGUCAAGGAGAACCCCAGCAAGCCCGAUGGUUACUGGAUCGAGGAGCUUGAUGAUGCCACCUUCUUUGCUGGCCAUGCUGCUUCCGUAUAUCUCCGUCUUGGCGGAAAAGAGAGACGCAUCGGCGAGUUCGGCAUCUUGCAUCCUACCGUGUUGGAGAAGUUUGAUUUGAAAUACCCUGUCAGCACUCUCGAGAUCAAUCUCGAGGUUUUCCUGUAA